UUUUCAUUCGCCUCGUCUCUCCGCCUUUUUUGCUAGAUUUUUACAUUCCUUUCCUAAAGGCCUUUGGAAGACUUGCAUUUCUCUUUUUUUUUUCCCUUUCCUGAAACAUCACUGACAUUCCUUCUCUAACACUGUCGAUCCACAGAACUACAUAUCUUCCUGCAGUAAACGUGGUCUGUUGAACGUCCACUCUGGUUUGCCUCUAAGUACAUUUGAAAAGCGUGCAAGCAAGACAAGAAAAGAUUUGACUUUUCCUUAUUAUUAUUUGGAAAUUAUUUCUAACAAAACUUGUUUUGUCUUUGUGAACGUUAACUGAGAGACAACAGGUUUUGUUUUGUAGUUGCUUUAUUUUUGUUUGUGUUCCACAUUUACUAUGAUGCCACUUUUAUAUCCAUAUUGUCAUUACCUGCAAUACUACGCCACAUUAGUUUUCAUCCUUUUACUGUUUCCUCUCCCCAUAGCCAUAACAGUCAAGCCGGGGAGCCUGGAACCUGUGGACCUUCUCUACAACAAUGGGAUACAAGCUUACUUCCAAAAUGACUGGGAGAGUGCAAUAGAAUACCUGGAGAAAGCACUACAUAACUAUGACAAGGUGAGGAAAGUCAAGCAGGACUGUAGGUCGAAGUGUGAGGGAGAGACUCAAUUUCACUUGAAUGUCACUGAUGGUUUCUUCCAGGACUUGUCUUUUUUUGAUACCAUACUGAAGAAAGCAGACUGCCUGAAGUUUUGUGAGACACUAUUGCUAGGACCUAUAUCCUUACACAGAUUGUCAAGGGAAGUAGAAAACGACUUUCAAGAAAGAGUUCCCUAUAACUACCUGCAGCUGGCCUUGUUUAAGACAGAGAGGCUUACAAAAGCUAUAGCUGCUGCCCAUACAUUUUUUGUUUUAAAUCCAGAUGAUGAGGACAUGAAACGGAACAUUAAAAAUUAUCGUAUUAUGCCAGGAGUGAAAGCAUCCGAUUUCCAGGACUUGGAAGCAGCAUCACACUGGGUGUUAUAUAAUGCUGGAGUAAGCCUCUAUGAGGUUGAGAAAUACGAGGAAGCUAUUCAGCAGCUGGAAAUGUCUUUAUUGGAAUUUCUGUCAGAGUAUGAGAAAUGUCGGGCUCUCUGUGAUGGACCAUAUGAAUCCGAGGAAUCCGAGGAAUCCAAGGGAGAAGAGAGUAGCCAGGAUCUAUACGAAGUUAUUGCAGAUCACUAUGUACAAAUCCUAACCUGCAGACAAAACUGUAUUCAAACAGUAAGCACAGAGUCCGGCAAGUCAUCUCCCACUGAAGGAUUCCUCCCUUCCUAUUUCAACUACCUGCAGUUUUCUUACUAUAUGGCAAAGAAGUAUGACAAGGCUGCAGAGUGUGCAAAGACCUACCUCGUCUUCUUCCCUUCAGACGAGACCAUGCAACAGAACCUCCAGUCCUAUGAAGCGCUACUCGGACAGGAAAUGACUGCAUCAAUUCCUCCACGAGAGAAUUUACGGUCAGUUGUGGAGCAGUCACUGAUGGAAAAGAAAAUGUUACAUUUUGCUGCAGAUUCCCUGGGAAUUCCUUUCACUGAACAGGAUUUAUGGAGUUCCAGAGGGACUGCCCCCCAAAGCACAAAGGUGAAACAAAGAGUAGAAAAGUCUAGAUUAAUGUCAUCUGUGGCACCCAAGGAAAAUGCAUUUGGGAAAAAGGAUGAUAAUCCAUGGGGAGACAAACAAGAAGAUGGUGACAAUCUGCCCUUCCCAGGCGUGACUGUAACCUUCGAUUCGGCAGCUCUGAAGGGUUCUCAGCGUGUUGUUAUGGACGGGGUCCUAUCAGAUUCAGAGUGCACACAACUCCUUGAGCUGGCUACUACUGGAGGUGGAGAAGGCCAUCAGGGAAGACGAUCCCCACACACUCCAAAUGAAAGGUUCAGCGCCAUCACUGUACUAAAGGCUUUAAAGCUGGCUCUACAGCAAGCAGUGGCGUGGGAUGGAGCACUUGUGUACCAUACAGUGACAGAAAAGGUGCGACUGCUGGUAGAGUCCUACUUCAAUACCCAGAAUCCUCUCUAUUUCUCCUUCACACAGCUCAUCUGCAGGACUGCAGCUGAAGGUAAGCAGGAAAAUCGGUCAGACCUCAGUCACGCCGUUCAUGCUGACAACUGUAUCCUGGAUCCUGAAGAGAAGAAAUGCUGGCGAGAACCUCCUGCCUAUGUCUUCCGGGACUACAGUGCUUUUCUGUAUCUGAAUGACAACUACGAAGGUGGUGACUUCUUCUUCACUGAUCUAGAUGCCAAAACAGUAACAGCAGAAGUACGUCCAAAGUGUGGUCGUCUGGUUGCCUUCUCCUCAGGUGGUGAGAACCCUCAUGGUGUGCAGGCAGUCACAAGUGGACAGCGUUGUGCCAUUGCUAUGUGGUUCACACACAGUGAGCAAAACCAAGAGCAAGAAAGACUAGAAGCAGAUGAACUCAUUGAGAAGUCGAAGACCUCACAGGAGAGCUCAGAAAUGGGUGAUGUGAAAGAAGAUGCUGCAAGUAAGAAGACAGCAGGCCAAGGUAGAAGAUGGAGCGGGAAUGCUAAGAAUAAGAUCCCCAAGGCUGUAUCCGUUGACACCCCCAAGGAGAAGGAUGAACUCUAACCAUAAGGAAGUCACUGGAUGACUUUCUGAACUUAGUAUUAUUUUUUGUGCAUCUGUCAUGCUGACAUCAAACACAGACAAAUAAUAUUCUUGAAUUUGCAGGGCAGAAGACAAACUUUGAUGAUGAGUCGGUCGUAUGUUCUUGAUAUGAGAUAUGGGUAUCUUAUAGGAGAGGAAAGUGAGUUCCCAAUGAGGUACAGCAAAUGGAUAUAAGCUAACACAUGCAGUGAUACAUCUACACAUGCAAGCACACAUCCACAC